AAGCCCAGGCUGUUUGUUCCCGUAACCCGGGAGAGGGGACGCACACAGUCGGGCGCGCGGACACACACGCAAGCGCACGCACGCUCGCGGCGAGUUCGAGCCCCGCGGCCCCCUGACCGCCCGAGGGCGUCCCCCGCGCCGCGCCUGGCGGAGCAGCACCCGCCUCCUGGUUCCUGCUGCUGCCGCCCAGAGGAGAGAGGAACCUGCAACCUCUGCCUCGAAUUUCCCCCGGCGCGGCGGGCUGCGGAGAGCGGCGGAGGUGGGCGUGGGGAGGGGAACGCGAUGAAUGAGUUCUCCCCUCGUCUCGGAGUUGACUGAGUUGGCGGCGCCGCGCCCGGGCUUCCGGCUCUCGGCGCCCCAAGCUCUCGCGGCUCCCGGGGCUGUAGCCCACGCCCGCGGCCCGGGCUCUGCCCGCCGCGCCUGGGGAGCCGAGGCUCCCGAGCUCCUGUCCCGGCUCCAGUCCGGGGGAAAAAGGAGGGCUGUCCCCUGGCUGAGGCGCACGGCCGCGCGAUUUUCCCUCACUCUCCCCGGCCCCAUCUGUGUCUCCAUGGCGUCUCAUCAGCAAUCCCGGAUCCAGGCUUACCUGGAGAAGAACAAGAUAGGUCCCCUGUUUGAGGAAUUAAUGACCAAAUUAAUAACUGAAACGCCUGACCAGCCAAUCCCAUUUCUCAUUGACCAUCUUCAGUCUAAACAAGGAAACCAUGGACAACUUCAAAGAACUUUAUCUGGAUCUGCAGCUCUCUGGGCAGAAAGUGAAACAUCAGAACAUAAAGGAACAAGAAGGGAUUUCAGAAGUUAUGAUAAGCCUUGGCAAUUAAGUGCAAAGAAGCCUAAAAAGUCAAAAAGUGACCUUGCUGUGUCUAACAUUUCCCCACCAUCACCAGAAUCCAAAUCAUGUAUUGCAAUUUCAGAUGAACUUGAUAAGGAAACAGUGACAUUUAAUUCUUCUCUUCUGAGACCCCGUGUGAUUGGAGAAUGGAUUGGUCGAGAAGAGAAUGAUGCUGACCCACUGGCUGCUGAAAUGCUCCAGCCCCCAGUUCCAAGAAGUAAAAAGGAACAAUGGGAAAAUGAAGAUAAUAGCUCUAGCCCCGCAGGAAGCUUAAAGGUGGAGCCCAAGACUAAAGGAUUAAAACAGCAGCAACAGCAACAUAAGAAACUUCUGGCAGCAAUGCUCUCUCAAGAUUCUUUUGAGUCUCUCCACAGCCCUACCCCAUCUGUAACAGAAGAAGAUAUUGAUAAUGAAGAUGAUGCAAUGGAAUUGCUGGAGGAUCUUGAUGAUUUAAGAAUGGAGGGAGUAACUACCCUUGUACCUUCUGGGAGCAAAUUUAACCAAGCUCGCGCUACUCACCCUGCUGAACCUCAGGCCAAGGUCACACUGAACAUCUGUUCAAGGUGUGCCAGGCUUCAAGGAGACAACCUGGCAGAAAGGACAGAGGAGACAUCACAAGCACUGCAUUCUCCAGAUGAAAUAGUCCCAGAUUCUUUGGAUUCUUUACCCGGGACUGAAGAAGCACUAAUGGAAGAGGGUGAAGAAUUUGAGAAAGCAUCUAAAUUAGCAAGACAUGGAGAAGUCUCCAGUGGAGGACAGUCACUGAAAAACUACACGGAAGAAGAUGAAUCCUUAAAGCAAUUGCAAGUAGUUCAUCAGCCGUGGAUCUUGCCAAGUGACACAGAAAGUGAAGGAGUCGAAGCAGAACAAGAUAAACGUUCUGCUGAUCUUCUCCUUUGUGUUCCAUGCUCUUCUUGUCCUACCCUGGUCUACUCUGGUCUGUGAAGCAGGCAGAAGUUGCAGGUGGUCCUUAAAGAAAUUGCAAUUAUUCAAAUCCUUAUGUAUAGUUCUAAUUUUAUUUACUAUGUGUAAUAAUUUAGAGAAUGGUUAUUUUUAUAAUAUCAAUAAUAAACAAGUACUCUUAUAACCAGGGGGUGCCUAAAUGUGUAAUCAGAGAACACUAACCUUGGCAAGGAUUCUGGGGUGGUCAGGAUGUUUGCUGCCUUUUGACAUGGUUAGUGUCUUGGGUUUAGAUUCCUUUGUACCUAGUUAUUAAGAUUACUAUUUGAUACAUUAAAUAUUGCCUGAUUCAAAUAACUCUGCUUAAAAUUUUUCUGUAUUUUAACUUGUGUAGGGUUUUCUACUUCUUAUAUUUUUAUAAUAAUUUCUCAUUUUUUAGAUGAAUAAACAUUAUACUUACCCACAUG